UCCGACCAAAAUAAAAAUAAAACGAGCGCUGGCGGCCACGCGAUAAAGUUCUAGCAAGCUGAUCAACAAGUAGCAACUCUCUGUUUUGUUUCUUCCUUUUGCCUCAGUAAGGUGCACGUCCGAAAAUCAGUGUGGAACAAGAUUUGAUUGAUAAGGGCAGUGUGUGUUGACCGAAGAUUAGAGCGUCUCGAAUUCGGGCCGAAGAGAGUCGAUGGCCGCGAAAGCGUUCCUGUUGCUAAGACGACUGGGACCCCAGCUCGUGGGUGCCCAGUGGGCUUCCAAAGGCCCGACCCUGCUUGCCAAUACUAGGGUCAUCAACCUCCAGGUCUUGAGAGCUUUGAGUUUCAAGGAUGACGGCGGAAGGGCUUCUGUAGCUCGCAAUGUGGAGACAGACUCUGCGUCCAGCUCGGACAGCGACUCUGACAGGAAAACAGAAAAGGGCACAACCGACUUCUGGCGACAAAAGAUGCGCACCGUCCACGCGAUCUUCGAUUUGAACAAGGAUGGCGUCAUUUCGUGGGACGACUUUGGCAUGCUGGGCGACCGGUUCAUUGACCUGGGCCACCUCACUCCUGAGCAAGAGACUGGAUUCAGGAAAACGCUGAAGAGUAUUUGGGAGGAGCAGUGGGGCCCGGCCGACCCUUACAACAUGGUCAACGCAUACCAGUACCUUGACAACAUGCACCACGUGAUCAAUGACAAAUCACUCAAGAAGAAGGCGCACAGGUUCCUCCCUUUCCUUUUCAAGGCUGUUGACAAGGACAGGAGCGGUGAAAUCUCAGUCGAGGAGUACAAGCUCUUCUUCAGGUGUCUUGGACUUAAAGAAGAGGAAGCUGUAGUUGCUUUCAGAGCCAUCGACUACAACAACGACAAUCGUCUGAGCCUCAAAGAGUUUGUGAAAGUUGGUCGCGAGUUCUUCAGUUCUGAAGAUGAAAAGAAACCCAGCAAGCACUUCUGGGGACCCCUGAUCCAAGACCACUGAUUGAGAACUGGGCAGCACCGAACUAGUUGAUGACACUCGCAUUUUGGUCAAACCACUGGAUAUUGAAAAAAAAAAUGAGCAAUAUUAAUGGUUAAAUUUGUAAAUAUUUGUGAUAGUUGCUACUUGCUCACACGAAAUGAUUCAAAAUCUUUACAAAAUUUAUUAAUGAAAUUAUAGCAGCUCCUAUAGGCACCAAUCACAUUGGUAGAAUUUUUGCUACUUUAUAUUUUUUUGUACAUAUAAGUGGGAUAGAAAAAUAAAGGUGAAAAUUUCGCACGUGAAAAGCGAUUCAAAAAUAAAAUAUUUUUCUUCA